UUUGCCUCUACUGAUGAUGCAGGGCAUAGCGGAGUUAACCAGCUGGGUGGAGUUUUUGUAAAUGGACGGCCGCUACCCGACAGCACACGCCAAAGAAUCGUAGAAUUGGCACACAGCGGUGCCCGACCGUGUGACAUCUCCAGAAUUCUUCAAGUCUCCAAUGGUUGUGUGAGCAAAAUACUAGGGCGAUAUUAUGAGACAGGGUCCAUAAGACCGCGCGCGAUCGGAGGGAGCAAGCCACGGGUGGCUACCCCCGAGGUGGUACAAAAAAUUGCACAGUUCAAACGGGAAUGUCCGUCGAUAUUUGCCUGGGAGAUCAGAGACCGGCUACUUUCUGAAGGAGUAUGUACCCAGGACAAUAUACCCAGCGUAUCCUCAAUAAAUCGAGUUUUACGUAAUCUUGCGAGCGAAAACCAAAAGGUGAUUGGUCAAGGGACUAUGUACGACAAAUUGGGCUUAUUGAACGGUCAGGCAUGGCCCAGGCCUAAUCCGUGGUACGCCCCCAACGCGUCUAUGGCUGGGCUUAGUGCACCUACAAGUUACGCAGCGCAGCCGAACCCGACUGCAAGCGUGGCGAGUAAAAAGGGUGAGUAUUUGUAAAAAAGGAUAAAAAAAUGAAAGAAAAAAUAAUGAAAUGUAUAUAUAUAUAUAAAUGUAAUCAAAAAUUGUUGCUAAAAAUGGGGGAAAGUUGUACGAAAAGUUAACGGGAGAAAUUUAUUUUUAUCAGUGGGGGAAGAAAUGAAAAAUGUUAUUAGGAAGUUUUGUUAAAAAAUGGGGUAAAUUUUAGGGAAAGAGAACGAUUGAAAUUUAUUUUUUAUUUUCGGUGGAGGAAUGAAAAAAA